AUGGGCUAUCCCCGUAUGGGAGCAGUAGCCGCCGUGCUGUUGGCACGCCUUUCUCUUGGCAACCCUGCGGUCCUGAGCGAGACGGAGGGAGUGGUCUGGGCCUCUGUCCUCGGAGGCGAGCUUCUGGAAGAUCUGCUCAGCUACGUUCUGUGGCGAGCGGGCGUCGACUUCUCGCCUGUGAAGUUGUUCGCCACCGAUGAGGAGGUGGAGCACAUGUCCGAGAAGAAGAUUGAAAGGAGACUCAGCAACCUUAGCCAACAGGCAGCUUCGGAUGCACUUGCAGUGGUGCCAGAGCCACCGCGAAAGUCUACUUGUUCAACCUCAUCCAGUUCAGCUCAGCACGAUCCGGAAAUGCAGCGCCUUGCUACUGUCGAGUCCGUGAAGUUAGAAGUGCGUGAAAGUCAUGACUUCAACUAUGGCCCUGUUGACUUUGGCAGUCUACCCUUUUGGGCGCAUUUGCUCCCAGCCGUCCUGUCGCAGUUCCACACCAUCUUGGCCCUGAUCGUGUUUUCAGACGGCCUCGUGUACGCCUUGGGGUUUUGUCGCCAUGAUGACAUAAGCCCGCAACGGGGUGUGCUUUGGUGGCCCAUACCUGACGGCGGUGAGAUAUGCACAUGA